AUGGCGCCCAGUGUGCUGCUGGAGCUCGAAAGCGCGCCCACUCACCUAACCAAGUCGCCCAUCAAGGCCGAAGCUGGCGUCUCUCUAGAGGCUCAUACCCAUUUUGCUGACCAGCUUUCUCUCAAUGCCUCGCAGACGAACAGCAAUGGCCACGCCCAUGGCAGAAAUGGCUUUUCCAACGGCACUGCAGACCGUCCCCUACAGGCACCAGGCUUGGUAACUGCCCAGUCGCUUCGCCAACAGUCCGAAAGCUAUGCUUCGCAAACACAGGUCCCUGGCGGCCGUCAGAAGAAGCCCAACAUCUUGUACAUCAUGGCCGAUCAAAUGGCCGCUCCACUCCAGAAGUUCAAUGACCCGAAUUCGGUCAUCAAAACACCUCACCUUGAUGAGCUGGCAAGGACGGGUAUCAACUUUGCAAGCGCAUACUGCAACUCUCCGCUGUGUGCGCCCUCCCGAUUCACCAUGUGCACAGGCCAGCUUCCAUCCAAGAUUGGCGGAUACGAUAACGCUUCGAUCCUAGGUCCUGAAGUCCCAACGUAUGCUCACUAUCUUCGACGUGAAGGUUACGAGACUGCCCUGGCUGGCAAGAUGCACUUUAUUGGUCCCGACCAGCUUCAUGGUUUCGAGCAUAGGUCAGUUCAAAGUAGCAAACUGGCAGAUAUUUUGACUGACCUGUGCGCUCCAGGCUCACUUCUGAUAUCUAUCCUGGUGACCUAG